AUUUAUUUAUUGAGUGAUUUAUUUGUUUUUUCAGUUUGUGUCCUCCAUAUCCCAACUUCCAUAAUUGUCAUUUCCAGAAGAUGGCAGUAAAGGAACAUUUAGUAACCCAGCUGCAGUUAAAGCUCAGUGAAGAAGAUUUCAGUUCCCAGGAAGCAUGGCGCGGGCUGUGUGUUGGUUGGAUUACCUGAGCUGCGGGAUCAGGAGGUAAUAAGAGCGGUGUCGUUGCGGGGCUCUAGCCGAGAAACAGAGUGACGGUUGGGAAUAAACGCGGCGGUUUGGUCGAGAAUUGGACAAUGGACGACAGCCUGGCUCGGAGGGAGGCAGCCCGUCCGAGGAGGAGGAUGUCUGCUGCUGCCGCGGAGUUUGGAGCUAACGUUAGCCUGCAAGAUGGCGAGGUGGUCGAUGGACACCCAGCCAGAGAAACUCAACAAGGUCCGGGAAGACGAAGUGCUCCUGGUGGGAGGAUGAACUCGGUACCGCAAGGUGUCUAUCAGAGAUAUAUGCCGAUGGAGCCUCUGAAGUUCCCUAUACCGAGGAAAAACAAGGAAAAGAAAGGUCUACUACAGUAUGUCUCCACUGAGUCCAGAGAGUAUGAAGACAUGAUGACCAUCCUGACCUCCACCUACAUAGAAACCGGCUCUGCUAGCUGCUUCACCUACUGCAAACCUCAGCUUGUCCACAGUGAGCUGCUAGAGAAAGAGUUUGUGGAUAAGAGGAGGGAGAUGAAGGCAGACGGGAGGACAGACAAGGAGCUGGAGGAGAGCUACUGUUUCCUGUUGGCUGAUAGUGAGAAGGUGCUCUGUCUCUGUGAGAAGGGGCUGACUGUGGGUCAGAGCUGGCUCACAGUGCUGGGACACCCCAAUAAAGGAGUAUAUCUGUCCAGGUACUCAGACUUGCUCCAAAUUAACCCCAUAACCCCUGGAGCCACGGGGGAGAUCCUCAUCUUCAAAGUGAUGAAGGGAAAAGUGAAGAGCAUCUAUGAAAACAUGAAGAACCUUCUAGAUCCAACCCCUCGCUUUGACAGCCACAUCUCUAAGAACGCCAGCAAAGUCACUUCGCUCACCUCCUACCGUGCCUUCGAACUCACACAGCAAUACUUCUACGAGUAUUCAUUUGAUGAGCUGCGGGAGCGGCCUCGCCAGGUUUGUCCGUAUGCCGUCGUGUCCUUCCAGUUUAAAGGGAAAGACUCUUCACUUCCCAGCAAACCUCUGGCUCCCAUCAGGUCAAACAGUCAGUCAGCAGAGGGGAGUAAAGAGCGUCCUCAGUUCACAGUGUGGACUGGAGAUUUGGUGAAAGGUGACCAGGUUCUCUUCCAGAUCUGCCUUCGCUCCUUCUCGCCUCCCUUCCUGCCACACAGACUACCAGAGAAGUUGGAAAUUGGUUGGUUGAUGAGGCUUGAACAGGUGACCACGCUUCUUCCCUCUGACCUGUUGUCCUACAACCUGUACAACAACAACCAAGAAGUUGUAAAGAACGGCCAUUGCUGCAGUCUUUUGGAGGUAACUGACAGAAGUCGGUCUACGACCAAUGUGACAAGACUGCUGCACGAACUGGAGAUAAAGAGAGUGGUUUUGGUGACUCUACUUACAGAUAGAGGCUUUCUCUUCCUGCUAUCCAGUGUUCAGAUGGCCACACCCACUGAGAGAGGAGAGAACUGGAAGAGGUGUCUUCAGGCCUUGUUUGUCUUCCCAGAGUCCAGAGAUGUGGCCAUGCCCUCAUUAAGGUGUGCCUCCUCUUCCCAUGAUGCCUCACAGUCGUUGAUGUCUGAUGUCAUGGUGAUGCCACGUCUAAACCAGUUCAUUCCAGCGUUGCACCAUGCCCUGGUCAAGGCCCGAGCCAACCCCCCCCCUGAGCUGUCUGCUGGUGUGGAACGCCAGGCACGGGAAUACCUCAUCGGCCAGAAUGAAGGAAAGGUUCGACAGUACCCGAUGGGAGAAUACGAAUCCAAAUUGGAUGAGCCAGGAAAGCAGUUUCCUGCUCCAAAACACCACCGGGUGAAUAUGGAUGGCUAUCUGCGGUCCUACCUGUACAGCCCUGCCCUCUACCUGUUGUCAGUGGCCCGGGCCAGGCAGAUGGUAGAGGCACACUGUGGCCCUGAGGAGCCACAAGAAGUUAGGCUCAGGAAGAGAUGUGGAGGCCAGAGGGAUGUGACAGGGAAGGAGGCGACCAGCAACACUAAUGAUGGGCCGACCAACACUCAGAAGAUGCAGCAGCUCAUAGACCUGGUUUUGACAUGUAAGAGGAAUGCAGAGAAUGAGGUGAAGAGGGAGGGAGGAGGAGGAGGGGUGAAGGCACCAGGGAGGAAGAGGAGACUAGAACAGGAGAUGGCAGAGAGGACACUUAAAUUCCUGAAGGCAUCACAGGAACCCGGAACACACAGCAAGAUUCCAGUUGAGGGUAACCAAGUCCCUACCUCUCCUGGCUCUCUUGCAUCUGUGAUUGGCUCAGUGGGUUUGAAGGAUGUUGAUCUGAGGGAAGAUGGAUCUGAGCUAGCUGCCAAACUUCUCAACCUGCUCACAGGCCUCAACCAGGCUGCCAGGGGGACGGCCAUUCAGAGCCCUUGUGAAGGGCAAGAGGAGGCAGAGAAGGAAUCCUGUCCAUUUGAUAGGUUGGCCACCAAGCUGGGUCUGCCCACCAACUGUGACAUUGACCUGAGGAAGCAGGAAGAGUUGGAGGAGCAGACAGCGGGCAGCGUCAGUAGUUUGGAGGGAUUCAGUCCAAGCUCCCACAGCGGGGAGUUGAAUCACCAGGGAGCAGCGGGUAGAGGAGGAGGGUUGGAGAGGAGAGCAGGAGGAUUUGAAGAGGAGGACGACGAGUGGGAAAUCCCUUGGGUCCUCAUUCCCAUUACAGGUCUGUGUUCAGAGAGGUACACUCAGAGAGACAGAAACAUCCCUCAGGACCCUCGUUUCCAGCACUGCACCACUGCAACAAGCGUCACCACAACAACCAAACCUCGCAGGAAGAGUCCCACCCCAUCUCCGGAGCAUAGCCUUCCUCCCUCCCCCUUCCAGUGCCCAUCCCCUGAGCCCAGUCCUCCUCCCUCACCCUCACAAUGCCCAUCACCUGACCCUAGCCUUCCCCCUUCACCCUCCCAAUGCCUGUCUCCAGAGCCCAGUCCUCCACCUUCCGCGUCUCAAUGCCCGUCCCCUGAGCCCAGCCCUCCCCCAUCUCCCUCCCAGUGCCCAUCUCCACAGCCCAGCCCUCCCCCAUCUCCCUCCCUCUGCCCCUCUCCUCAGCUCACCCACACCCCCUCUCUCUCCCAGUGCCAGUCCCUAGAGCCUAAUGCGCUCAACCCGUAUAAUAAGGACUACAGUAGUGCUAAUGAGGAGCAGUUAGCCCCCACAGCCUCCAUGGAGUUUGCAGGAGUGUCCAAGGACAGAGAAGAGAAACCUCAGGGAAAAGAAAAAAAGAAUGAAGAGCCAUCCAUUUCUGCAUCCAUCCAGCCAUCUUUUCCUCCAGCUCCAGAGAGUAGGACAAACCUCUCACUACCACCCGGUGAGCGAGAGAAGGAACAUGCACAGGGGAAGAUGGCGGAGGUAAAGGCAGAACCUGUAGAGGAGGAAAAGGAAACACAGCCAGUUGAGAGAGUGCAAAAACGAGAUGAAGAAGAGGCCAACGAGGGUCAGCAAGCAAAGGAGGAGUUGGUAGAAAUGAUACAUGGGGUAGCUAGUGAGCAACAAGAAGAAGUGAAGGAACAUGUAGGUGGCUUUUUAUUUUCUCCGUCCAUCUCCUCACCUCCUUCUCGUCCGCUCAGAGAUAUUGAUGGCAUUGUGGACAAACAUCUGGGUGACUUUUCCUCUGAGAUACAGCAUCUCCUGCAGGAGGAGAGCGUCCAUUACAGCUUCCCACAGUCCCCACACUCCACUUCAAACACAGAAACCACAGCACUUGAACACACACUCCCACACACUCCCAUAUCUCAGUUUUCACAGUAUGUGUCUUUCUAUAACCCCUGCCCCCCUGUCCAGGACUACGUUAGCUCACUAAAGGACAGCAUUAACAGCAUGCUAACAGAGUUUGAUGACAGGUGGCCAAGCCACAAGCCUGUCACCAGCCGGACUAAUGCUGAUGCUGCGUUGGCUAACAGAGUUAGUGAUUUUGUGUCUAGCAUCCGAGCAGCUAAUGCUAAAACAGGCAGAGAUGAUGAUGGUUUCUGUGGUGAACUGACAGCUGCUGACAGCUUUUCAGUCAGUCAAACUCCUGCCCUCUCCAGAGGAGGCGAAGUGUGGCAGCCACAUAUAAUCACCAAACAGUUUCCUGAUGCUGCAAACAACAGGAAUCCCCCAAUUUCUAAUGUCACUUUAUCAGUUACUACCUCUGCAUCUGUUUCUGUCUACAAGCCUACCAAUGCUGCCAUCCUCCAUCCUUCUAACAAUUCCCCACACUCCCACUGGAAACCACCAGUCGCUCAUAACAACAGACAAACACAAGAUGACAGCACUUCCAGUACUGUACACUGUACCACUGGUGUUGAAGGUGGGGGAGGUCUUGCAGAUACAAACUAUGAGGUGACUUUGUCCGGGUUCAGCGGUGUCCCUAAGUCCUUGACAGAACCAUCACAUCCCUCUGAGCCAGUAUCCAGUCUGGCCACUACAUCUGUCCUCAGGCCCAACAUAGGUCAGGCUCCCCCGGCCACAGCCCUGAGCUCCCUGAUCAGCCAGCUGCAGCCAGAGGUGUUCAGCAGUCUGGUGGAGAUCAUCAAAGAUGUCAAGAGAAACUCUCUGCAGUUCUACCUCCACAGCACCGAGCCAGAGGACCAGGUCUAUGAAGACGUCAAGGAACACCUGUUGAAGCAGGGUAACAUGGAGCAGAGUCCCAUGGCCUUUCUGGACCAAGAAAGCUCUGACAGCAAACUGCUGGUCAUCAUUAAGAACAAAGACAUUGCGGCACAUGUACACAAGAUCCCAGGUCUGGUGUCUCUGAAGCGACACCCCUCAGUGGUGUUUGUGGGAAUCGAUACACUGGACGACAUCAGGAACAACAGCUACAAUGAGCUUUUUGUUUCUGGAGGCUGCAUCGUUUCCGAUGAGUCAGUCCUCAAUCCAGACUUCAUUACUCAUGACCGACUGGCUGCACUGCUGAUGUUCCUGGAACAGCACAGUUCUCCAGACAGUGUCUGGAGGUGGAAGAUUCACUGCAAAACUCACAAGAAAUUAAAAGAACAGUCCAGGUUCAGGAGAGAGGCUGCCAAUCUCCUGGACGUACUGUCAGCCUAUCAGAAGAGGCAGAUCGUUGAGUUCCUCCCGUAUCAUCACUGCGACAUGAUGAACCAUCACUCACCUAACCUGGACUGUCUGAUGGAGCUUCAGGCCCGAUACACACAAUACCGACACACGGUCUUUCUGACUGAUCAACAUUUUGAGAAGUUCCCUGCAUACUCCAGUGGUGGCAUCAUUGUGGCCAGUAUUGAAGGAAUUUUACAUGACUUCCCCAGACUGGUCGGUUACCAUGACAUCAAGGAUAAACAGCCAAUCAUAAGUGAUAUGCUGUCUCCCAAAGGUCUCGGCAGGCAGCUGAGUCAUAGUGACUCUUUGUCGGGCUCUGAACGUUCUCCCUCUAUCUUCCCAGAACACAUCCAUCCCCUCUCCUCCCUCGACCAGCCCCAACAUCUCCUCCAGCAGUCCAGCCCCAGCCUCCACCCUCUCUCCCAUCUCUCUGACCAGCUUGUCCCAGACACCUCCUGUAAGGAAGGUGUGCUGCACCAUUCAGGCACAGACUUUGAGGUUCUUCGACUGGCCAUCUCCCAGUUACGGGCUGAGCGCAAGGCACAGCUGCAUGAACUGCAACAGCAGCAGGCAAAGUUGUGCAGCAACCCCCCCAAAAGCUUCCUUUCCAAUACCAGUUGUACAGAUAGCCAUUCCACCUCCCCUCUUUUAGGUCAAAGACGUCCAUCUGAGUCGGUCCAGUUUACUCCUGGCAGUAAAGCAGUGGCAGCCACUUUGGAGUUAAUUCACUCAGCACUACAGCCGGAACUGGGGGAGGAGGAGAUGAGGGCGGAUGGGGCAGAGACUCCUACAGAGGGAUGGAGGAGUGGAGGAAGUCGAGGAGGAGCAGAGCGUGUGGAUCAGAGAGAUGGUACUCCAAUAAGAGUGGAAAACUGGAGUCCCUGUAAUAGUGACAAGUCGACCACUUCAUCCAAUCAAAACACAGCUGCAGUGACAGGACCAAGUAACCAGAUAGACUCAACCAAAGAUGGGAGAGGGAAAGCCAAUCAACAAGGAGAACCUGCAUUUUCAAAAGGAGCUAAACGCAGUGCUGCCUCGUCCAGUACCACAGUUUGUCCUGUAGAGGGCGACAGCUCAAGGUUAGUAAAUGGUUAA